CUCUCUCCCUCUCUCUCUCUCUUUCUCUGUCUCUGGCUGCUCUUGAGAGGUGGAAUGUCCCUUUAAGAGGGCGCGGAGAAUGGAAGAAGCGCAUCUCCUCCUCCGUGACAUCGCGCAGGAUCGCGUCCUAUCGCGUGCGUCACUCCGCCCCUCAGCCAGGAAGCCAGCCAGGGCAAGGCUGCCCGUAAGCGACCGCGCUGUGUGUUGGUUUGAUACAGACGUUGUGUCAUUAGAUUGCAUACGGCAACUGAGGGGGGAUGAACUUGCCUGGCACUUCAAGGGAAUGUCAAAAUAGCUCUAUUUUUCCUGGAUCCUGAACUUUUAAAGUGCGUCGUCAGUCGCGUUUUCACACACUGAACUGUACAAUCACUUGAUUGUCACGAUUGUUUUUUGACAACCCCCCCCUCUUUCUUUUCUCCUUUUCGUUUUAUUUUACUAUUUUUUCUAUUGUGAGUGGAUUCACAUAUUGAAACAAAAGUGGAUUUAACAGACGUUGCGCUGUCCAUCACUUCUCCAAGAUGCUGUUGGUGUCCCAGCAGCUGCUAGACACACCUCGCAUGGAGCCAAUACUGCCUGGAUCACUGAAGAGGAAGCUGACUGGGCCCGAGGGCCAUCUGGGGUCGGUGAACGGGCUCUCCGAUGGCCCCAUGACCCAGGGCAACACUAAGCGGCUCUGCCUGGAGGAUGUCACCCUAUCCAUGGGCACCAUCUACCCCCAAUCACCCUUCUCCUCCGGACACGGGGUAGGCGGCCAGGGAGGCAUCAACAACAUCAACAGCAGCAACAACAAUGGGCUGGAGUCCCCUUACAUGCCCCAAAAGGCUAGCCCAGGGGCGACACCUGGUGCAGGUGGAGGUGCACCCUCUUUCAAUAACAAUGGGGGCAAUGCAGCCUCCUCGGUGGAGCAGGAGCUUCAGGACAUCCUGGAGGAACUGACCAAGAACCCUGACCCUUCCCUCCCCGAGCUCGACAUAGAGAAGCUCCUAGGAAGCAAAGAGGAUGAGGGGACUUCGAACAGUACUGCUGGAGCUUUCAUGCACCCUGACGGGAGCGGCACUCCCAAGCGCUCCCCACAGAGGCCAUCGCACCUGGAGGCCCACCUCACCCGCUCCCCAGGCUUCCCCCAAGCUGGCUCUCCUCAAGUGGGCCUCAGUCCAGCUGGAGCCCCAUACCCUCUCUCCCACCCAUCCAAACCUGUGCCCUCGCCCCUCUCAGCCUCUCCCUUAUCGUCCUCAUCCUCUCAGACCCAGAACCAGGCUCGUUCACCCAUGCUCUCCGCCGCCCUCUCCAGCCGAGCCGGAACCAGCUGGCAUGAACUUUCCCGGGCACAGCAGCUCCAGCAGCUGGCCUCCAACAGCAACAAGCACCACCCCUCCGGUAACCAGUGCCCAGCCCCACCGCCACCGCCUUCCCAGCCAGGCAUACCAUCCCUGGGACAGCCAUCCUCCUCCAGCUCCUCCUGGGCCGGACCCUCUCCUCCUUACCGGUCCGGGGAAAAGCACCCGAAUUCUUCUCCUCACCAGCAACCCUUCAGCCCGGCUGGGAGCAGCAUCCAGAGCCCCCAGAGUUCACACAUCUCCAGCCUAGCUCCAGCUCCAGCCCAGGGCCCCUCUCCGCCAUACCGGCCUGAGAAGCUCGCCAGCCCUGCCUUGGCUCAGCCCCCGUUUAGUCCGCAGAACACCCUCUUGCCCUCCGGAAGUGUACCAGCCACUGGGGGCGCCAUUCAGGGUUCUCAGGCCAGCUACCUGCCCAGCGUAGGUCCAGGAAGCACAGGAAGCACCCGACCAUCGCCCCCCUACAGGCAGGACACCAAACACGGGAGUCCCAGCAUCGUGCCCCAUCAGAACGGCUCGGGCAACGCCAACAUGACCAACAGUCAGCUCUUCAAGGCCAUCACCUCCAGCCAGCCGGCACCCAGCAGCCUCAAGCUCCUCAUGCAGCAGGGCCAGGCCUCCGCACAGAUGCAGGGCCAGCCGACAGCGCAGUCGUCCCAGCCGAUGGUCGCGGGGCCCCUGGGCAAAGCCGGGGGCCAGGACUCCUUCUCCUUCAACAACACCAAGCCGUUGCGCCACUUCGACCCCGACCCAGCGGCCCAGCAGAAGAUGAGCGCCGGUCACCCGCCGGCUGGCCACGGGCCAAUGGGACCAUCCUACCGUGGGCCCAGCAUGCAGCCCACGCCCCCAACAUCCGCCGCCAGCCACGCCCACUUACUUCAGCAGCGAAUGCAGAGGGUGUUGCACAGGGGUGGAGCUACAGGGGGACCAGGAGGAAUGGUUCCUAUCUGCAGAGAGGAUCCAGGCUCUGGGAUGGUUCCUCGGCUCCAGGACCCAUCAUCUGUUCCGCGGCCCGGCCAGAGCACCUACAACAACAUGCUGCUGAAGAGCCAGCUGAUGCGCAAGCAGCUGGAGAAGCAAAGGCAGAUGGAACAGAUGAAUGGAGGCCCCAUGUCAGAUUGCCAGCAGGUGUCGCCCUUCCAAGGAGGAGGACGACCUCUGCCGGGUGACUGUGGCUACCCAAUGGGAGGCCCCCAGUCCAACCCCUCAAUGUUGACCCAUGGUCCCCUGCCUACCGGCCGUAUGGGUCUCCCUCCCGGCGCCCUCAACCAGGUGGGCCCUUAUGGAGGCCAGGUCAUGGGCCCCUCAGGCUCCAAGCAGCAGGCCCUCUACCACCAGACCCAGGAGUACUGCAUGCCGAUGCGGCCGGGGCAGGGCAUGAUGGGAAUGGGGGUUCCUCCGAGGCAUAUGGCAUCAGCGGUGGCCACGGCGUCUCAUCUAGGCCACGGCACCGUGCGGAUGCCCGGGCCGGGGAUGGGGGGAGGCGGCAUCCCCACUCAGCACCUGCGGCAGGCUCUGAGUCACGGCGGCGCCCUCCCCCCACGUAUGCUCUUAACCCCCCAGCAACAGCAGCAACAGCAUCAGCAGCAGCAGCAGCACGCUCACCAAGCUCAGUCCCAGCUCUGGCAGCACCAACAAGGGGCGCUUUCGCACAUGGACCCCUCCAGCCACCAGCACGGCUUCUCCAGCAUGGCUGCUGCGCCCGGGUGCGCCGGGCCCUCCCAGUUCCCUCCACAGCAGCAGCCCAUGCGGACGGGCAUGCCGGCUAACUUCGGACCCCACCAGUCGGGGCCGGGACUCCGGCCGCCUCCCCCAAACCAGAUGGUUCCGACCCUGGCAGGCCGGCACAUGCAGAAGCUUCCGCCGGGGGCCAGAGUGGUAGCGGGGCAGCCACUGCCCUCCAUGGUCCAGCAGAGCCUCCGACUGCGGGGGCCCCUCUCCGCCAUGGCCGUGAUGAAGCCGGGGGGUCCGUCCAUGAUGCACCACCCGGCCCAUGGCCUGGCGCCGCCCAGCUACCCAUCCUCGGCCGCAGGCAAACACGCCGCCCAGUUGCAGGGGUAUGGACCCGAGCACAACCCAGGACACAAAUUGCCCCCUUAUGACCUGCCCCAUCAGCACCACAGCAACGGGGGCAUGUCGGGGCCGCACAGAGGACAUGGUGGGGUUAGUGGUGGCAACACCAGCGAGGUGGACUUCAUAGAAACUCUGGUGGGCUCCAACGACGACUGGCUCAACAACCUCACAAUGAUCGACGAGUACCUGGAACAGAACUCAUAGGUGUCUCUGAGGUUGUGGACUAUUGACUGUAUCGCUUGAGAACUGCUAUCAGGAGGAGAGCAAUCAAGGCCCCCAUCAUUUGAGCUGCAUUACCACAGAGGUCAUGGGUCAAAUUGCGGAGAGGUUCUGUACAAAAGAUCCACUAAACCAGACACUUUGGUGUGUUGAGAUUGACUGGUUCGGUGGUGCACUGCCAAGCCCACUUCUCCCCUCAGCCCCUGGCACUCUCUGUCUCAUAGGCCUGGCCUCAUGUGUGCCAGUUUCAGGCACAGGCACAGUUUCGGUCAAGCACAGGUCUUGUGGUGCGGUCUUCCUUACCACAUACUGUGCUUCACCUUCCUUGAGCUAUGAGCAACCACGAUAUGGCAUGCAGGCGCUCCCUGUGUGCACACUAAUGAUCACAUUUCAAGUCUCCAAACCCUUUUAGAAAUGGUGAGUGAGUACUGUGAGAAUGAUUUGGUUUGUUGUCAGCGCUGCAACUAAUGCAUUCAGUCAGCACACCUGAUCACCUCACCGGCAGAUUUUAAUUGGUGAUACCAAAUCGCUCGCUUGUUUACAGCUUUGUGUAAACUGGGGUACCCAUAGUUACUAAUUGGCCAAUAGGGGCACAGCGAUGUUGCUUGCCACUGUUGCCAUGGCAAUAUUCAUUUACAUUUCCAAUCAGAAGCAACAUAUGGGUAUUCAUGAAGGGGCUUGUAUUGUAUAUAGUGAAAUAUUUUGUAAAAUAGGUUCUUUUUUUCAUAUGCUGUAACAUAUAAAAGAAGUAAACAUAUUUAUACUCCUUUUUCUGCAAAUAAAUUCCCACAAUUUCCUUUGUAAAUAAUUACUAAAAUGGAAUAAAUUAAAAAAAACAACAAAAAAACA